GAACUGCAUGGCGCACAAGAGACCCCGUGAGGACUUACCUGCGGGGGAGGGUAUGUGUGACACUUCUCCGGCCGUUGUGGCGCGUGACGGUUGCUCUGUGUCCUCUUCCCUCCCGGCCUCCAAAGCCGUGGACUCAUCCGAGUCGAAACAGGAAGUAAACCCUUUCACAAAACAACCGUUUUCCUCACGCUACUACCGCCUGCUCUCCACCCGACAAAAACUGCCCGUCUACGGCAAGCGCACGGCCAUCCAGGAGACGGUGCGCGAUCACCCCGUGACACUUCUCGUCGGUGAGACCGGCAGCGGCAAAACAACGCAGGUACCGCACUUCAUCGCUGAGCUGCAAGACGAGUUCACCGGGCUCGUCGCGUGUACGCAGCCGCGCCGAGUCGCCGCCGUCUCCGUCGCCACCCGCGUCGCAGACGAGAUGGAUGUGCUGCUCGGUGCGCAGGUGGGCUACCACGUCCGCUUCGACUCACGCCAGUCUGACGCAACGCGGGUGCUCUACAUGACGGACGGUAUGCUGCUGCGGGAGGCGUUCUCCGAUCCCGAUCUGCAUAAGUUCAGCGUAGUCGUCGUGGACGAAGCGCACGAGCGCACGAUAGACACGGAUGUGGUGCUGGGCUUGCUGAAGCGACUUCUCCUGCGACGUCCGUCGUUUCGUCUGGUUGUGAUGUCGGCGACGCUGGAUGUGGAGAAGAUCCGCUCCUACUUCCCCACUGCGCCGCUGCUGCACGUGUCGGGCCGCAUGUACAACGUGGAGCUCUUCUACACGCCGCAGUCGGUGAAGGACUACGUGGAGGCGACGGUGGCGUGUGCGCGGCAGCUGCACGAGCGCGAGCCGGCCGGUGAUAUUCUGUGUUUUCUCACAGGUGAAGCAGAGAUUGAAAAGGCUGCCAGUCAACUUGGGAACGCGCUCCAGGUCCGUAGCGACUCGUUGAACGAAAAGAAGAACGAUCUCUCCGGCCGGUCGCCCGGCUCUAGUGCAAGCGAAGAUGCCGCUACGACAAGCAUGUGCGCUUGUUCGACGUCUCGUGCCCGACCCACACGUGCCGUCGUGCUACCUCUCUACGGUUCUCUCAGCCUCAAAGAUCAGCAAAAAGUGUUCGAAACCUAUCCGCCUGACACACGCAAGAUUGUGCUGGCCACCAACAUCGCCGAGACCUCGGUCACCAUUGACGGCGUCGUGUACGUGGUAGACUGCGGCUAUCAAAAGCAGAGCCUCUACAACGCCGAGGCACGUGUGGAUUUUCUCCUCCCUGCUGUGAUCAGCAAAGCGUCCGCCGAGCAGCGCAAGGGCCGUGCGGGUCGUACGUGCCCCGGCAAGUGUUUUCGCCUCUUCACGGAGGCCGACUUCGCCAGCUUUCCCGCGCAGACGCACCCGGAGAUCUUACGCACCAAUAUUGUGAAUACCGUGCUGCUCUUGCUCAAGCUGGGUGUCGCAAACCCGUGUGACUUCCCCUUCAUCGACCCACCGUCGGAUCAAGGACUCAGCGACGCCUUCUACCAGCUCCUCUACUUCGGUGCGGUGGACGAUGGACUGGAGCUGACCGACUUUGGCCGACGCAUGGCGGAGCUGCCGGUCGACGCCUGUCUGGCGCGGAUGCUGCUCAUGGCGCCAAAGCACGGCUGUGCGGCGGACGCGGCGGUGGUGGCGGCGAUGUUGGAGGUGGGCAACGUCUUCAGCCGGCCGCCCUCUCGCGCGGCGGAGGCGUCGACGGCGCACGCGCGUUUCGACUGUCCCGACAGCGACCACGUCACCCUCUUUCACAUCUUUCACGGUUUCUUCAAGAACCAGGCAAACGGUGCGCGGUACUGCUACGAGCACUAUCUGCGCCAUCAAGCGCUGCAGCAAGCGGUGCAGGUGUACAACCAACUACGCCGUCUCAUGACGCAGCUGGACGUGCCGGUGCAGUCUACCUACCGCGCCGAGAGCAAUGUUGUAGACACGGUGGCUCUUCGCAAAGCGGUGCUGGAGGGAUUCUUUACGCAGGUGGCGUACCUGGUCCCACUAGCGGCAUCGAAGGUGACAGGGCGUGACCCGACCACCCGCCUCUUUCGCACCGUGCGGGACGCGCUCCACGUGUGUCUACACCGGCAAUCUGCCCUGACGCACGGCACCCGUGCCCUUCCGACUUGGAUGGUGUUUGACCGUCUCGAGGUGCAGGGCGAUGCAGGCACGCUUGUGCGCACGGCAUCGGCCGUGGAGGUGGAUUGGCUGCUCGAGGUGAGCGACUUCUUUACCGAUGUGGCGGAGAUCCCCGAUGGCGAGGUGGCGCAGGCGCUGCGGCGUGCGCAGGAGAGAAGGGAGCGUGGCGCCGCGUAA